GGAUCUGAGGUAGCCAGUAGCUGGAUAGAUGAUCUCCGGCGUCGUUAGCCAGGCGGGCUAGCAAUGACGGAUACGAUUAUUCCAGCCGGGGUCUGGAUUUCAAGAUACCAGACAUGAUUUUAUGGACACAAACCUGCAAGACCUGAGCUGAGUUGUCAGCCUUGUGGAGGUUUGGUUUUUACCCCCUGAGUGUCCUCUCUGGAUAUCAGCUGACCAUGGUGGUCUGAACAGAGGGAACAGCCCGGCACAGUGUGUGUGUUCACUCUAACACAGCAAGGCUCGACCAAGAGAGGAGCGGAGGCGACGGACAGCAGAGCAAAGAGAAAAAGCCCAUUUAAAUUGACAAUGUCUCAAAACAGAGAACUGGUGGUUUUCUACAUAAACUAUAAACUCUCCCAGAGAAACUAUCCCAUCAACCACAUUGGACUCAUAGAACCCCCCAGCAGGACUGAUGGUGGAGAGGCGGGGUUGGGUGAGGAACAGCGGGUAAGUACGCAUGCCAACGGGACUUUUAAUGGCACAAGUCCUGGGACCCCUCCAGCAUCUCCUGUGCGGCAGCGUUUACCGUCAACGACAAACCUGGACUCGGUGAAAGAGGCCCUCCGGGACUCGGCCAAUGAGUUUGAGCUGCGGUACGCCCGCGCCUUCAGCGAUCUGCACAACCAGCUGCACAUCACACCAGCCACUGCAUACCAAAGCUUUGAAAAUGUGAUGGAUGAGGUGUUUCGGGACGGUGUCAACUGGGGCCGCAUCGUAGGGCUUUUUGCAUUCGGCGGGGCGCUCUGUGUCGAGUGUGUGGAGAAGGAGAUGAGUCCACUGGUGGGCAGGAUCGUAGAGUGGAUGACGGUGUACCUGGAUAACCACAUUCAGGGCUGGAUCCAGAGCCAAGGAGGAUGGGAGCGCUUUGCCGAAAUCUUUGGCCAGGAUGCAGCGGCAGAGGGCAGGAGGUCUCAGGAGAGUUUCAAGAAGUGGCUGCUGGCGGGGAUGACCCUUGUGACCGGGGUCGUGGUGGGUCACUCAUUGCCCAGAAACGCCUGUGAGGGGACGGCGAGACGAGACGACGACCCUCUUACCAAUCUUCUCCCACGCCUCCUUCAACACCUUCAGUGUCCAAAAUAAAGGUCCUGCUUGUCCACUUGAUUAUUUUUCACAAACUGCCGAUGAUGUUUACUUUUUUUUUGUCACACAUCCCACAAUGGACGGAGAAUGGACUCGCCUUGUUGGUCGUUUGAUUCAGCAACAGACAGCUGGUAUUUAAAGCUGACGUUCACCUGACUAAAUGUGUGGUUUAUACAGAGAAAAGAUGUGUUCUGCUUUGUUUUUGUUGAUUCACUUAACUUCUACUCCUUCCUUCACCGGUUCCUGUAUCAUCAUGUUUGUAUGUAUGGUAUUAGUUCUAACAAAUUUUUACCCCCUUUUUCGGCCUAAUGUUCCUACACCCACUCCCGGUCCUUUCAAUUAAUCCAAACUUGUCCGAUAUACAUGGUCAGUGUGUUGUCGGGUCUGUACCGCACUUCACGUCUCGUCUUGAAGCUUGUUUUGUUGCUGGGCUCUUCAUUCCACAGACAGCUUCACAAUAGCUUUGUGUAUGUGCCAUAUGGAGAGUGAAAGCAGGGGAGGAUGUAGCACCUGCCUGAUUUUUUUGUUUUGUUUUUUUCUGUUUUUGUUUUUUUUUAAUGAGCUUUUGUAAUUCCUAUUUCCUGCCAGCCAUCCUGAUCACCAACAUGAACACAUCACGCUCCAUUUCUCCACACACCGAUCACUUAGUUUUGUGUCGCCCUAUCUUCCAUUCUUAGUCGUUUUAUAUGAAUGAAACCUAAAAUAAGUCCGGCAGAUUGAAAUGAACGUUGACAACCUACAGGGGGAAACUAAACUCUGUUUGUUUAUGUUUGUUAGUGAGUUGGUUUUGGAUUUGUUGACCCAUUAAAAUCCUCUGUGCUCCUGCUGAUUUUGUGGUUCGUACUUGGUCACACUCGGCCUUGGGUUUUUUUAUUUAUCCUGUUUAUGCUUCGUCAGCCCUGUUGACUGCCAGACCGCUGUGUGUGGCAACCACUCACAAUCACUGUAACUACAGUUCACCCGAGCAAGGCGCCCUGGCUCAUGCUUUCUGCUCUGUAGCUAAAACAAAGAAGCAAAUAUUGUAGCACCACGUACAAUGCAGAGGGCAGCACCAGUCACAGCAACACUCAGACGUGUUAAAUGGUAGUUGGCUUGGACACGAAUGACAACGGGCCAACAGCAUGAGACAUUGUCAAUCUUAAAGGUUGAACAUUUGGAUGUAAAGUUGUCAUUUUUAGUUAUUUUUGUUCUGUUUUUUUUUUUUUUUUUUUGCAAUAAAAUCAUUAAAACACAUUUUUUGCUGUUUUGCCACUAUAUGCUAAUCAAAUCUUACUAAGUUUAAGUCAAAUCCUAGAAGGAGAGAGUAAAUAUCAGAACAUCUGGAGGGUUUAUGUAGCAAACUGAUGCAGAUAAACAAAGCCGUCUUAAAGAACUCAUUGUGGUUUUGCAUCAGAAUCCUUCACCUUGAUUAGAUUAGGCUUUAGUCAUAUUGUGAUGGUUCAUAAUCUUAAGCAAAUCAACAGCUGUCUGUGGCUGUUAGGACCGUAAAAGUAAACACUCAAACCUUCAUCUCUCAUCUUUCACACACUUCAGUUCAAGUUAUCCAUGCAUCGCUCUCCCAGUCCGACCCCCCCCCCCACCACCACCACCACCACAUCCACCUCCACUUCUCCUCCUCUGUCCUCCCCAGACACCUCCAAUCUGUCAAACCCCCAUCCAUCUCCCCUCCCCAUUUCCCCGUCUCCUUCCAGCUCCUCCUCCCUUCCUCUGUGGUCUCCUGGCUGUCAUUGCACCUAGUCACGUGUGUCAGUCACAGCUGGCCCACCUGCUGCUUCACACAAACACACACAGUUGCAUCUUCAUGUACACACCUGCCAGUCAGAUCUAGUCCACAAGAGACAGGGGAGGAAGUAGAUGAGAGCUCUUCUUGGAUUACAAACAUCUCUCUGUCUUUAGUGUGGACCUGGCGAUGGAGGAAUGUUUGUCGCCUGGUGUUUGGCGUCACGCACCGAAUACUGGCAGCUCGAUUAAUUUACUGGGACGGCGAGGAAGUGGGUGGGGUGGGGUUGGGGGGUACUCUUCCCAAGUCCCAGUUAUCCUCCCACUGCUUCAGUCUAGAUCUCAUUCCAAAUACUGUCUCCUUUUGUACACUGCAAUAUUUCCAUUCAUGUGUGUCAAAGCAGCAGAAUACAGAUUUGCAGUCGAGCCACUUUCCUCAUCAAAGCGAUACCAACCUGCACAGCGUGCAGGGUUCUGGAUGGAAAUGCGUGGAACAUCCAUCACUGUGUUGUCAGUCUGAGGGUCCGGCUGCCAGCUGUGCCUCCAGCACUCAUCUGCCUUUAUCGAUGCUGGCUUUGAGCUCAUGUUUCUCUUCAUCCACAUCACAUUUACAUACAUAUAUUGAGUUCAUUUCUCUUUAUGAAGCCCUGAUUAUUAUCCUUCAAAGAAAUAUUUCACCAAAAAUAUAUAACAAAGAAGCUAUUGAUGAGCAUCUUCAUCUAAAAGGCUUGUGCCCCGAGCGUCUUAUUAGCCAAGGUCUUUUCUCAUACAUUCCAGUACAGUAUAUUUCUAUUUUCUAGUGUAAGCCCCACCAAGAAGCUGCUCGCAGGUUUUAUUCUGCUGUCUGGGCCCUCACUGAAACAAGUUCCCCUCCUACACAUAUUGUAUGUGAGAGUGUGUGUCUGUGUGUAUUUUUAUGUGUGCAUGUGUGUGACUUCUGUCUGGCAAAAUGUUCCUGAAGGAGGCACAAAUGAAGGAAGUGUGACAGCAUUGGCACGACCCUAUAUAUAUAUAAAUAUAUAUAUGCUAGUUAUUUAAACUGAUUAGAAUAGUACAUUAGCUUAGUAACAUAUUUAAGAAAAACAAAACUGAUGGCUCUCAAACAUUAUUUAUAUUUGGUGUAAAAAGCAUAAUUGUGCCCCUUCUAAUGGCCUUAAACUCCAUCUUUACAUUCAUGUACAUUGUCAUCUGCUGUGUUUCUUUUAAUAGGAUUAUCAACAGCUAAUAGAAAAAAAAAUUAAACGAGGAGUUGUCAAAAAAAAAAAAAAAGUGGUUCUGAUACAUUCUUGUCCUGUGACAAAAUGUUGAGAUUGAAAAGAUAGGAUUGCAACCAUGUUCACCAUGUCUGUUUCUAUGUCUUAGAAUGCCAUUGUAAAGUUUUAAAUUACAUUGAACUUAAUAAAGCCCAUGUUGAAGAUG